AUGUCCAAUAUUGCUUCGAUUUUUAAUCCUCCACCUCCUAGAGAUUUCAGUGAUAAAGAAAUCGCAGAACAAUGCUUAUCUUGUACAACUAUACAAUCUUUGGUGGGUUUAAUUGGUGGAUUUUAUUUAUCUACUUCAAAUCAAUUCAAGGAUAAAACUCUGGGAAAGAUAGAUUUUCAUAAAAACCCACUUUGGUGGCAAAAAUCAGUAAAAGGAUUAGGUGUAAUUUUGUUUGGGUUAGGUGCUUAUAGAGCUGGAGAAGUUUUACAAAUAUUAUAUAAUAGAAAAUUUGAAAAACAUUAA